GCAGCAGGAACUCAGUCAGAAAUGGCGACGUUGCUGCAGCCAGAGAAAGUGCUUUAUCUCGUCCGAGGCGAGAAAAAGAUUCGCGUUCCGCUCUCUCAGCUGUAUUUUUGCCGAUAUUGCAGUGAGCUGCGAUCUUUGGAAUGCGUGUCACAUGAAGUCGAUUCCCAUUUCUGUCCCAGCUGUCUGGAGAACAUGCCGUCAGCUGAGGCCAAGCUCAAGAAGAAUAGGUGUGCCAAUUGCUUUGACUGUCCAUGCUGUAUGCACACUCUCUCCACACGGGCCACCAACAUCCCAGCACCACUGCCUGAUGACCCAACCAAAACCACAAUGAAGAAGGCCUACUACCUGGCCUGUGGAUUUUGUCGCUGGACCUCACGAGAUGUAGGCAUGGCUGACAAAUCUGUGGCCAGUGGAGGAUGGCAGGAGCCUGAAAACCCUCAUACUCAGAGGAUCAACAAGCUGAUUGAGUAUUACCAGCAGCUGGCCCAGAGAGAGAAGCUGGAGAGAGACAGGAAGAAGCUGGCACGAAGACGCCCGUUCAUGCCUCAGGCGUUCUCGCAACACACAAUUCACGUGGUGGAGAAGUAUGGACUGGGAACCAGACUACAGAGACAGAGAUCUGGAGCCCCAAUCAGUGCCCUGUAUGGUCUUUCAUUAAAAGAAGGAGAAGACCAGAAGGAGAUCACUAUAGAGCCAGCACAGGCUUUGGAUGAAGUGGAACCCCUGCCUGAAGACUAUUACACCCGCCCCGUCAACCUUCCUGAAGUAACGACUCUUCGCCAGAGGCUGCUACAGCCUGAUUUUCAGCCCGCAGGAGCUUCACAGCUGCACCCCAGACACAAGCACCUGCUAAUGAAACGCUCUCUGCGUUGCAGGAAAUGUGAGCACAAUCUGAGCAAACCAGAAUUUAAUCCAACCUCAAUAAAGUUCAAAAUCCAGCUUGUGGCAGUGAGCUACAUUCCUGAAGUGAGAAUCAUGUCCAUUCCAAAACUGCGUCAUAUGAAGGAGAGUCAGGUUCUGCUGACCCUGACCAACCCAGUGGAGAACAUCACUCAUGUGUCUCUGUACACCUGUGAAGAGGAAGACCCAGAUGACAUUAACAGCACUGCUAAGGUAAAACACCACAACUCAGCCUAUAUAACUACCAGUACAUAUGAAUUAUAUGUGGUAACCUUUAGAAAGUCGAACAAGAUUGGCUUCUUCAUCAAAGUGAUUCCACAGAGGGAGGAGGGUGCUGUCACUGUCGCUUUCAAACUUCGACAUGACUUCCGGAACCUUGCUGCUCCGAUCAGACCCACUGAGGAGGGAGAAGCCACCAGUGAGGCCAUCUGGCUCACACACCAUGUGGAGCUUAGCUUGGGCCCCCUGGCAACUUGA